AUGGGCAAAUCAUCAGCUGAACACCACGCGAUAACCGAGGAAGAAUUUGUCAAGCUGGAACAUGUAUUGAACCAGACUGCUAGUGACGCAUCUGCUUGCCUCAAGUUGCUGAAGAAACAUCUUUCGGAGUAUGAUAGCCGUAAUGGUAACCAUUUUUCCAAUACGGCUACGUCGUAUUUGCGGAAUGACAUGCGGUCUGCAAAAGACACGGCAGCGGGUUUGAAGCAUGUGGCCCGUGAAAUGAGGCACAGCGGGCAUCGAUCGAAGGCGGAGUUGUCUUCUGCACGCAAUAUGAUGGACGCGACGGCGAAAGCGAUGGAAAAUUUGAAGAUGACGGGUCGCAAUUACGACAAGGCAAACAAGCAAUCGAAGGGAAUUAAGGGCACGAUUGAUGUUGCCAUGGGUGGUCAUCACAAUCAUGACACGGAUGACAACAAGCACGGGUUGCUUGGCAAACAUGGCGAUCAGAAGCAUCAUGACGAACACGGUGGUGGUUUGUUUGGCAAGAAGGAGACGGAAGAACAUCAUCAUGAAGGAGGGAUAUUGAAUAGUGACAACCAUACGCAUCAUGGUGAAGAUGGUGGAGGACUGUUUGGCAAGAAGGAGACGGAAGGACAUCAUGGUUUAUUGCACACGCAAGACAAGAAUGGUGGUGGCAUCAUUGGAAGUUCGGAGACUGUCGAGACGAUUGUUGAAAAGACGAUUCGUGACAAUUUCAGUCUGACUGCAUUGGACCAUCAACUGACUGCAGCUGAGAAAUCGAUGUCGCCUUCGAUGAUGGAGCGUGCUAAGGAAAAGAUGCAUGAUGUGAAGGACAAAUUGAUGGGUGACAAGACGAGUCAUGAAAGUCAUCACUCGAAACCCCACAUGGUGAACCCUUGA